UACCGACGUGAAGCGCCGGCACUGCACGAGUCUCUCCCAGUCAUUUAAACCAAAUUGAAGGACGUCGUCAAGAUGUGGAAAGUAGUCAUCGCCUGUGCCCUGCUGGCAGUUGCCGCUGCCCAGGAGCCAACCCGUAGCCCGAAACCAACAAGGUCACCAAAGCCCGAUCCUUGUGAGACAGACUGCAACAAUCUCCCGGCCAAGUUUCAGAGGGAAAGAAAGCUUUGCGAUACCAACGGCAAAGUGUACAAUAGCUUGUGCGAGUUUGUGAAAGCACGCUGUGUUGAUGCCACUCUGAAGAGAGGGAAAUGCCAGACAGUGGACGUUGCUGCUACUACUGAGCCAAAACCGACUAGGUCUCCAAAGCCUACCAGGUCACCAAAGCCAAACAAGUUCGAUAGAAAGUGCAUGCAGUACAAUAGCUUGAACUGUGAGAACUUUCCCAAAAAGGAAGUUUGUGACCAGAAUGGCAACGUGUAUAUGAACAAGUGUGGGCUGGUCAAAGCUCAGUGUGGGGACAAUCAAAUUCGUAUGCGCAGGUGUCCCAAGCCAACCGAUGCUCCAACUGACGGCUCCGGUGAGGAAGUCCCAGCCUUCAAGCGUAGCAAAGGAAGCAAGCCUAGUUCAUCUGAAUCAUUGGUAAAACCAGAGAAAGUCAGACCACAAAAGCAAAAGCCAAGCAAGUUGGACAAACCAGAGAAGACCCCCAAAACCCCAAUCGACGGCUCUGGAUCUGGUGAAGAACUGGUAAAACCAGAGAAAGUCAAACCAAGCAAGGAGGCCAAACCAAACAAGGAGGCCAGGCCAAGCAAGCAAUCCAAACCUGCUUCUGGUGAAACACUGGUAAAACCAGAGAAAGUCAGACCACAAAAGCAAAAGCCAAACAAGGAGGAAAAACCAGAGAAGACACCCAAAACCCCAAUCGACGGCUCUGGAUCUGGUGAAGAACUGGUAAAACCAGAGAAAGCCAAACCAAGCAAGCUCGCCAAACCAAGCAAGCAAUCCAAACCUGCUUCUGGUGAAGCACUGGUAAAACCAGAGAAAGUCAGACCACAAAAGCAAAAGCCAAGCAGAAAGGAAAAACCAGAGAAGACCCCCAAAACCCCUAUCGACGGCUCUGGAUCUGGCGAAGAAUUGGUAAAACCAGAGCAAGUUAAACCAAGCAAGCAAGGGAAACCAAGCAAGCAAGCCAAACCAGAUAAGCACGCCAAACCAAGCAAGCAGGGCAAACCAAGCAAGCAGAAAGGAAGCAAAACCAGCGAAACCCUUGUGAGCGAAGUGAAACCACAAGUCGUCGAAACUAUUCUUACUCUGCCAUUAAGUCCCCCUAGCCUGGCUGUCCGUAUGGCCUGCAAGGCAGCGGAAGUGGACGUGAAUAUUAAAUGGAUAAACACAUUUAAGAAAGAGCAAAUGACUGAGGAGUACCUUAAGAUAAAUCCAGACCAUACGUGUCCGACUAUAGUUGACGAUGGCUUUUGUCUGUGGGAAAGCAAAGCUAUCAUGCCAUAUCUGCUUGAGAAGUACGGAAAGAACGAGUCGCUCUACCCAAAGGACAUCAAGCAGAGGGCAAUAAUCGACAGGGCCUUGAUGUUCAAUGCCAUCACAUUUACACCUAAGGUUUACGGAGUGUUGCUACCAAGACUGGCUAAAAACGAGGUUUCUGAGGAGGCAGAGAAGGAGUUUAAAGAAAAAGCAAUGGACAAACUCAAUCGGGACCUGGAGGGAAAACAGUUCAUCGCGGGAGACAACCUCACGAUCGCCGACUUUGCUUUCUGGGGGCUGAUCACUCUAUUAGGGCUCUUUGAUAUUGAUACAAGUCCUUGGAACAGAAUUGAUCUUAAGACAAGCGACAUUUGCAUUUUUAGAUUUCAACGAACGCGACACUUUAUUUUUAACGAUAUUUUCGAUAUGGGGUGUAACAACAGCAAGGAGACCACGGCGUCGGAUCCCAAGACAAAACCUGCCCCAAGGAAAGACACCAAACCGGCUCCUGCAGCCACGCCUGCUCAGUCUCAAGAUGCUCCUCAGAAGGCCGAAAAUACCGAGAAAACUGAAGACAGCCAGCAAACGAAACCUGCGGCAGAGGAUGAUACCGUCGCCAAAGUUGAAGAAUGUGAAGGAGAGGUCUACGACCCCAACUGCCCAGUCCUAUAUAUCAAUAAGGUCGACCCGCAGUCUAUUGCUUGCAUGAUGCUGCUUAGCGAGGCAGGAAUCAAGGUUAACAUAAAACAUGUUGACCUCUUCAAAGACGAACACAAACAGGACUAUUUUCUUAAUAUAAAUCCUGAACACUGUGUCCCUACUUUGGUGGAUGGUGAUUUUGUCCUUUGGGAAAGUCGCCCGUUGAUGAAAUAUCUGUGCCAGAAGUACGUCCCAGAGAGCAGUUUUUACCCCUCUGAUAUAAAGCAACGCGCUCUGGUGGAUCGUCUAAUGUACUGGGAAGCCAGCACUCUAUGUACGGCAGUGCUCGAUUAUGCGGCAUACGCAGCAUUUCUCGGCAAAGCUAUCGAUUCUGAGAAGGAACCAAAGGUUAAAGAAGCACUGGAUUACCUAGAUAAACAUCUCAGCGGCAAGUCUUACGUCUGUGGUGACACCAUGACACUUGUAGACUUGAGCAUAAUCAAUACUUUGGCUCUUCUUUGGUAUAUCGACUAUAAAAUUGACAGUUGGAGCAACGUUGUUCAGUGGGUAAAGAGGGUAGAGAAAAUUGAAUGUUUCGGGAAAGUUAACGCCGCAGUGGCGGAACAUAAGAAAACGCUAGAGAACAAGGCUCAGUAAAACAGGCUGAUGGACUUCAUUUUUUAACCGUCUUCCUAUCAAUGUUCACGGAUUUCAAAGAAAUCAGACCAUUCGCAUUCUUCUUUA